AUGUUUGCCUCAAAUGCAGUGUCACAAAAGGUUGAGGGUAACUAUUCAGGAUCAAAUUACUCGGCGGCUACUGUUCUCAGUCCACCCGCUGCUCCACAACGUCCGCCUCCAUUGUCUGAUCAGUCCAUCGAUGACUGGCAAAGACAGAUAACUCAAGAUUUCAAUUAUAUUUAUGACACUCUUCAACGAAAACAAGACAGUUUAGGCACUAAACAAAUAGGCAUUGAAUCCAAUGAACAAAUUGUUGAGCCCUUCGGACACUUAUCCGAUACCAAUAGUGAAGAGAUGUUAGUUAUGCCGUUCAGUGACCCCAAAGAGCCUAUGUAUCAGUCGAAUAGGGAGGAAGUAGUACUGAAACCCAUCGACUUUACUCUCGAGAUGCCGACUACAGUAUCUCAACAUCAGUUCGAUGAACAACACGUCAACAUUCACUUCAAGACACCUAUCAAUCAAUUGAAAAUGGAUGACAUGAAUGGCGACGAACUUCAGAGAAGAAUCAAUGAUCAAACAUUGAACCGUUACUAUGACGCCGACUACCAGAGGACUGGCAAAGAAGACACUUAUAGUCUCCGAAGACACCAUUACUCGCCUACAACCCAUUCACCCGUUCAGUUGGAUCGAUAUGAUAAGGCAUACGCCGAAAAGGAAAAUAGGACUCAAUCGCGAAAAUUAGGGCGAGUUUUAUAUGACUUCCAGGCGUUGGCCACUCGCGAGUUGUCUGUAAAGAAAGGAGAUCUCGUCUUAAUUAAUAGACCCAAAGACCAUAAUUGGGUCGAAGUUGAGGACACAUAUAGCGGUUUAAUUGGUCUGGUGCCGCGUACUUACCUCGAUCUGGAACAGGAAGGUAUAGCCAAAGCCAAGUUCGACUUCGCCGCCAAAACUCCAGUAGAGAUUUCGUUCAAAAAAGGCGAAAAGUUAACUCUAUUGCGAAGAGUGGAUGAGAACUGGUAUGAAGGAGUGAACGCCAGGCAAGACGUCGGCAUAUUUCCCUGCAGUUAUGUCGAGGCUAUCAAACAGCCUUUGGCACUUCGACCUAAUAAUCAGAUUCUAUCUCCGGUUCAGUCUCUGUCACCACCAGAGCUGUCGGGCCCACAAAGGCCUGAAUCACCCGUUUAUGUGAACUCAUCGGUUCCUAACAAAAGAAUUGAUUCGACAUAUUCUCGACACGCUAUGAGAACUAACGUUGCGCCUAAGUUGUAUAAAGUGUUGUAUCCCUACAAACCGCAGCAAAUGGAUGAGUUAGAGCUACAACAGGGAGACCUCCUCACUGUGACCAUGCAUUGCGAUGACGGCUGGUUUGUGGGCCGGUCCACCAUUUCGGGCCAUUUCGGCACUUUUCCGGGCAAUUAUGUCGAGCAACUCUAAUACAUGUGUUUACUCAUCACUAAUACAUUAAUCACUUCAACACCACUCACACCAUGUAUUAAACGCUAGUCUUUUGAAAACUAAUUUACAAAACGAAACAAAUUAUUCACUUUAAUUUUUAUUGGUUUCUAACGAAUGAGUCCUAGAUACUAUAACAAAUUAUAUAAUAAAUUUCGCAAUGAGUUUAUUGCCAAAGAUUUCGAUGAAUUAUUGUUAAAACUUUUUAUGCCAGAAAUCGUUUGUCGAUAAAAACAAUUAGUUUUCAGACAAUUAUUUAUA